AUGGCACGAGCCGUGUGCACCGUUUGGACCUUUUGUGCAAUAUUGGUCUCAGCCACAGGACUUGCACCAGAAGAUAUAGGUGUUAACUGGGGUUCCCAGACAUCGCACCCUUUGCUUCCUAGCAUUGUGGCCGGUAUGCUAAAGGACAAUGGCAUCAAAAAAUUGAAACUUUUCGACGCCGAUCCUUGGAUAGUCAGUGCCUUUGCCGGGACGGGCAUUGAGCUCAUGGUCGGUAUCGCCAAUAAUCAGCUCAAGGACCUAUCCGACAGCUACGGUAAUGCCAAAGAUUGGGUCAAACAUAACGUCUCCAAACAUAUUCGCGAUGGGGGCGUUGAUAUAAGGUAUGUUGGUGUUGGAAAUGAGCCAUUCUUGACGAGUUACAACGGUACUUAUAUGAAGACAACUUUUCCGGCAUUAAAAAACAUUCAAAAGGCUCUCGAUGAGGCUGGCCAUGGAGACAAGAUCAAAGCCACAAUCCCCCUUAAUGCUGAUGUAUAUGAAUCACAUUCAGACAGCCCAUCAGACGGUAAUUUUCGCAAGAAUAUUAAAGAUCUUAUGCUCCAAAUAGUACGUUUCCUCCAUGACAAUAAGUCCCCCUUUUUGGUUAACAUAUACCCCUUCCUUAGUCUCUAUCAAAACUCGAAGUUUCCUGUGGAUUUUGCUUUCUUUGAUGGCGCCAAGCCAAUUCAAGACAAGAAUAUUCAAUAUACCAAUGUGUUUGAUGCAAACUUUGAUACACUUGUUUGGACCUUAAAAAAGAACAACUUUGAAGACAUGAAAAUCAUUGUCGGGGAAGUCGGAUGGCCGACGGACGGCAACAUAAAUGCCAACACAAAGCUGGCUAAAAGGUUCUACGAUGGUUUCCUUAAGAAAAUGGCAAGCAAAAAGGGAACCCCGCUCCGGCCGGGACCGAUGGAAGUGUAUCUCUUCGGCCUUCUCGACGAGGACACGAAGAACGUUGCGCCGGGGGCCUUUGAGCGCCACUGGGGGAUUUUCCGUUAUGAUGGGCAGCCCAAGUUUCCAAUUGACUUCUCCGGCAAAGGGCACGAAAAGAUGCCGGUCGCCGCCAAGGGAGUCAUAUACAUGGAUCACCAAUGGUGUGUGCUGAAGAACGAUGUUAAGAACAUGACGGCGGCGGGACCGGAAGUUGACUAUGCAUGCUCCAACUCCGAUUGCACGAGCUUGGGUUACGGGGCGUCGUGCAACGAUUUGGACAUGCGCGGGAACGUGUCGUACGCUUUUAAUAUGUACUUUCAAAUGCAAGACCAAAGCGUUGAGGCAUGCGACUUCAAUGGGAUGGCCGAGAUCGUAAAGCAAAAUGCGUCGAGAAAAAGUUGCUUUUUCCAGAUACAGAUUAUGAGUGCCGGAGAUAGGAUCAGGUUGACAUAUGGAGUAAGUAUUUUUGUUGGAUUGUUGUUGAGCUUGUUUGCAGCGGCGUGA